AUGGCUUAUGCUUGUAUUUCCUCACUUAUGCAAACUCUGCAGCAACUCUUGCAAUCUGAAUCAUCUUUGAUUUGUGAAAGUCCCAUACAACAAAAACAUGUUGAAUCUUCUUAUCAAAGUCUAUGUUCUCUUCAAGAUUUUCUUGAGGAUACCACAAAUGAAGCCAAUGAUAUUGAAAAUCUCAAGAUUUUAGAAAGAAAGAUCAAAGAUGUAGUCUACAAAGCACAAGAUAGAGUUGAUUCAUGCUUAACAAACAUGAUUCUAGCUGAUAAUGAAGACGACCGAGAAAAAGCUUGUAAAUUCUUCAAUGAAGAAUUACAACAAGUUGAAACAGAAUUUGAUUCUCUCAGGAAAGAGGUGAUGGUGAUCGAGUUCAACAAGCGUGGAAGCAAAUCAACGGAGUUAGCAGCAACAACUUCUGUCUCAUCAAUCGAGGAAACUACUUAUGUUGGGAUGAAAAAAGACUACAAAGCCAUACUGAAUUGCCUCAAUGCCCAAACAAAAGAGCUAAUAGUCAUAUCACUUGUUGGUAUGGGCGGUAUAGGUAAGACAACUCUUGCUAGAAAAGUUUUUGAUAACUCAACCAUUCGUGAUCGAUUUGAGAAACAUGCAUGGGUCACUAUAUCUGAACAAUAUAAUAAGAGACAAAUGCUUCUUGAAGUUGCUUCUUCAAUUAGUGGAGUCAACAAUCAAGAAAUGAGCAAUGAUGAAUUGAUGGUUAUUGUGUAUAGAAGUCUCAAGGGUAGGAGAUUUCUACUUGUCAUAGAUGACCUUUGGAGUACUGAUGCUUGGUACCAAAUGCGAAGAAUAUUUCAAAAUGAUAACAAUAAAAGCCGAAUUAUAUUAACCACUCGUCUCAAACAUGUUGCUGAUUAUGCAAGCUCCCCUGAUUUUCCUCCUCAUGAUGUGUCUUUUCUAAGUUUUAAAGAUAGUUGGAAACUAUUUACCAAAAGGCUAUUCAGAAAAGAUCGUUGUCCUCCACAACUACGAAAAAUAGGGAAGCAUAUCAUAGAACAAUGUCAAGGAUUACCUCUCUCAAUUAUUGUCAUUGCUGGACUUCUUGGCAAGAUAGGCGUGACACAUGAUAAUUGGAAGAAAAUUGAGGAAAAUUUGAAGUCAUUUCAUGGUUCGGUUUUAGAACAGUGUCAAGCAAUUCUUUCUUUGAGCUACAAUUACUUGCCCCCAUACUUGAAGGCGUGCUUUCUCUAUAUAGGAGGUUUUCCUGAAGAUAUGGAGAUUCGUGUAUCGAAGAUGAUGGGCUCAUGGAUAGCUGAGCAAUUCAUAAAGGCAACAAGUGAUAAAAGGUUAGAAGUUGUGGCAGAGGAGUAUGUGCAAGAGUUAAUGGAUAGGAGUCUAAUUUUGGGUAAAACUCGAAAGCCUAAUGGAAGAUUCAAAACUUGCAAAAUUCAUGAUCUUCUUAGGCAGUUAUGCAUAAGAGAAGCUCAAAUUGAAAAUGUUGUGCAUUUCCCUUACAGUGAUCAUGUUCUCAUUUACUCAGAUGACAUAAAUGAUCGUAGGCGUGUGAUGAUUCCUUUUUUUAUUGAGGAUUAUUUUUGCGAUCAUCCAAAUCAAAGGAGUGGUAGGAUUACAACCCGCAGUUUGAUCUUUAUGGGAGCUGGUAGAUCUUAUCUAGUACCUGAAAUAAAUCACUGGCCUGAUAGUAUUUCAGAAUUCAAGCUACUUAAGGUGUUGGAUGCACGUGAAAUUGGCUACGAUUUCUCUCAUGUAAUACCUCAACUUGUACAUUUGAGGUAUGUUAAUGCAAGAAUUCAGGAUCCUUCUUCACUAGCCAAGUUGUGCAAUCUACAGACCAUAAUUAUAUAUUCAAGGAUAAAUAUUGUGCAGCUCCCGGCGGAGAUUUGGACAAUGUCAGAGAUAAAACAUGUGGGUAUUGAACAAAUGUAUAUGCCUAAUCCUGUUAGUAUUGAAGAGCAACAACCUUUACUUCUGAAUAACUUGCAAACGCUUGCUCUCGAUUCCUCGCCUUUUUUGGCAGAAAUCCUGAAGAGAACACCCAAUGUAGAUAAGCUGAAGAUUAGAGAUGCUAAUAUACACAAUGAGUGGUCUGAUUUUGUUGAUCGUCUCAUUAAUCUACAGAGGCUUGAAAAGCUAAGUAUAACAGCAACAAAAGACAACAGUCCGCGCAUUCUGUCUAGUGCAUUUUGUGCGCCUAAUCUAAAGCAUUUGAGAUUAGCUGAAACUUCAUUGCCUUGGGAAGAUAUGGCUGUGCUGGCUAAUUUACCCAAUCUUGAGGUGCUCAAAGCAGAUGGUUUAUUCACGGGAACAGAUUGGUAUCUAAAUGAAGAUUUUGUAUUUCAAAAACUAAAAUAUCUACGAAUUAUGAGGGCAGAUGAUCUGGAAAUGUGGGAAGCAGCUAGUGAUAGUUUCCCGAUGCUUGAGCAACUAGUCCUUCAGCAUCUCGAAGAACUAGAGGAUAUUCCACAAAGUUUUGGAGAAAUAAUGACACUAAAAUUAGUCCAAGUGAAAUAUUGCAGUCCUACAGUCGAUGAUAGUGCAAGGAAUAUUCUAGAAAAUCAACAAAGCUGGGGAAAUUGUGAGCUUCAAAUUAUAAUUGUACCAUCUUUACAAUACCUGUAAUUUAUUUCUGUUUUCUUUUAUUUCUUGUUUUCACCU